AUGCAGACAGUUCUAGUCCUUGUUAGCACAGCUGUCUUGUACGCUGUGUAUAAGCACGCUUCUGGACUACGAAAUAAUAUUGAGGCGGCAAAAAAGAGCGGCUUGCCUUAUAUCGUUGCCCCUUGCUCACCGAUCUUCGUCCCAUGGAUACUAGCUCAUAAAGGAUUGAUUCCGAUAAUUAAACUACUCCCCGAACCACUGUGGGAAGAAUGGCUAGAAGUUUUAACGCCUGGAUUCUCAUAUAAUACACGUCAUGAUGCCUUUGCGCGUCACGGAGACGUGUUUAUCGUAGUCUCCCCAAACAUGCUUUUUAUGAUGACCUGCAAUGCCGAGGCUAUUCGUCAGAUUACGUGCCGGAGAGAGCACUUCCCAAAAUAUGUGGAAACAUACGAGAUCCUGCGAGUGUUUGGCGACAACAUCCUAACAUCAGAAGGCGCCAUCUGGCGAAACCAUAGAAAAGUGACCUCGGCUUCAUUCAACGAGAAGAACGCUGCCCUUGUCUUCCAGGAAGCUAUACACCAGGCACAAGGUUUAGUCAAGAUGUGGAUGGGAUCAGGUGGCGAAGACAGUGGUACUAUCAACACACUCGAUCAGGAUACGAUGAGACUAGCUCUCAAUAUUAUUGCUUAUGUCGGGUUUGGCCUCAAAUUACUGUGGCCUGGAGAGUCUUUGCCAGCAAAGGCCAAUCCAAAGAUGGCGAAGUAUGGCUCGCUAGAAGCCACUGCAGGACACAAGAUGAGUUUCGUGACCACAAUUGCAACUGCUUUGGAGUUUAUCCUGCUCAUUUUGCUUGUUCCGCGAUGGAUGCUGAAAACACUGCCUUUUAAGAAGAGCCAGCUCGCAGCAGAGUCCCACGAUGAGUUUAGCAAGUACAUGCACGAGUUGAUGGACGAGAAGAUUGAGGAAGCUCGAAAAGGCGAGCAUGUCGACGGUAUGGACCUGAUGGGUCAGCUGGUAAGAUCCAAUUACGCGAACCGUACGGGCGAAGGCCAGCAGGGCCCGCAAUUCAAAAAGGGUGCACUGUCACGAGAUGAAAUCCAAGGAAAUGCCUUCAUAAUGCUCGUUGCCGGACAUGAGACUACCGCUGGGGCGUUGCACUUCAUCCUUUUAGAACUGGCGAAUAAUCCAUCAUCGCAAAGGCGGUUGCAAAGGGAUAUCGACGAGAUCUUCGGCGGGAAAGAACCAAACUCGUGGGAUUAUGAUACGUUGAUCAACCCGAUGAUGGCUAGCAUGCUCGGCGCCUGCAUGAACGAGACUCUCAGAAUGACGCCUGCAGUCGUGGAAAUACCAAAGAAAGUGCCCCCGAAACAAGAGCAGGUCAUCACCAUUGAUGGUAACAGCUACUUGAUCCCAGGGAGUACAAUCAUCUCCUUGGUUGCCGUAUCGAUUCAUCGAAACCCACGAUACUGGCCGGGGAGACCAAGUCAGAUCCAUGCUGGCGAGGAUGACAUCAAUGACUGGGUACCUGAGAGAUGGUACCGAUCCAAUGAGACUACGGUAAAGGCGGCAGAGUCAGAUGGUGCUACCUCUGAGAACGAAGAUUUUGGUGGGUACAAGGGCCCUGAUACAAGCUCGCAGCUCUUUCGGCCAGAAAGGGGGUCAUAUAUCCCCUUCAGUGACGGGCCCAGAUCAUGUCUCGGCCGCCGGAUUGCGCAAGUGGAAAUAAUCGCCGCGCUUGCGGUGCUCUUCCGGGACUAUAGUUUGGAGUUGGGGGUGGACGAGUGGGCAAACGAUGAAGAGGUCGAGGGGAUGAACAAAGACGAACGACGCAACGUGUAUGCGAAAGCCCAAUCUACAAGCCGGGCCAAGAUAUUGGGUGCGACUUCAGUGUUAACGCUUAAGAUGAACGAUGAUUACGUGCCAGUAUAG